AUAGUGUUCUCUUAAUGUUGCUACUAGUGUCUGUUGACCCAGGGAAAUUCCAGCUGGCCCAACUACUGAAUGGAACUGAACUUCCAAAAAAUGUAAUGAUAUUUAUAACCCCACAGCUUGCCAACAAGCUCGCAUGCAGUUGUGAGUCAUACCAGAUGUGGAUAUAAAACAGAGCCAGUCUGUGCAAAUGAAUUCCUUGAUCCCAAAGAGACUAGGUGGAAGACGAGGUGCUGCUACUUGACAGUGUCAGGAAAAUUACACUUAGAGAGGGUUUUUUACAACUGCGAGGGGAAGAUUUUUUUAAAGAAAAUUGCCAGCUGUUCAAGACACUCAGAGGGAUUGGGAAAAGAAGGCCUACGCUCUAGACAGACUUCAAUCUUGUGGAAACUAAGGAUGUGCUGGAAGACAGUUCUGCUGCUCUUGUUAUAUUACAAUGCACAUGCCACCGUGGCCCCUAGAUGGAACCGAGCAAUGCUUUUUCCAUCUGCUCAGCGAGUAAAGAGAUCCUCAGCAGCUCUUCUCAAUCCAGUGCUUCAGAAGUCUCAGGAUGAUGUGGACCUUCUCUUUGAGUUUCUUCUAGGUGAGCUGGAAAUCAGUGAUGACUUGAAGAUAUCUGUCAGAGAUGAGGAACUUGCUUCCAUGAGGAAGGCAAUGGCAUUUGAUACUUUGUGUAAUGAUGUCAUCCCCAAAAGUAUCCCAGAAAUUCGCAGGCUCAGUGCCAGGCUAUCAGGCAACCCUGGCAUGCUCAAGAAAGAAGAUUUUGAAAGGACCGUGUUGACCAUGGUCUACACUGCAUACAGAGCUGCUAAAUCCCAAGGACACCAGAAAGAUACAUGGGCUGAAUCCUUUGUGCACCUUUACAAAGCCCUGAAAAAUGACUUGAUAUUCUCAUCCAGACAAACACCCUCAUCUCAAAGAACUUUGUAGACCAGAACCUCAGUUCAAUAGGAAAUCCAUCUGCCUCUUUGCUUGGUAUUAAAAGCAAGAAGUUAAGGA